GGGCAGGGGCAGGGGCAGGGGUAUUGGCAGGGAUAUUGGUAUUAGUACUAGUACUAGUACUAGUAUUAGUAUUGGUAUUGGCAGGGGCCGGGCCAUCAGGCUGGUCCCCCCCCGCCUGGUUUCCUUGUGGGCUGAGCAAGGGGAAGGAAGCAGCUGAGGGAGGCCGUGUGCUGCACAGGGAAGGGGGGCUGUUAAUGUAGCGUGCCCCCGUAUGGGGGGACCCCCCUUUAUGGGGGUUUUGCCUCCGCAGUGAAAAGAAGGCAGGAGACCGUGCUAAAAUGGCGUUGUUCUCAGAGGAAACCUGCUGAGGGGAUCGCUUACUUGUCUGCAAAUAUUCCACAGCUGCUGGCACCUCUGUUAAUCCUUGUAAAAUAAUGAGACGAGGAAAAAGUCAUUUUAUCUCAGCUGGCUGUUAGCAGCAGCUUAUGUCAGCAGGAUACUCUUCUUUGUGCUGCCUUGAGACGUGCUUUCAGGUCCAAGCCGGCGAUGUUAACUGCAAAGAGGCAUUAGUCACACUCCUGUCAAAACACUGCUAACUCCUUUUUAUUGCUUCGUGGAUUAUUUCGCUUUAGCUUAGACAGAUCUUAUGAAAUUUUAGUCUACUUUUUUUUCUCCUCUAGGAUCAAAGUCAGAUCUGCAGAGAAAUCGAUCCAGCUGAGCUUGAUGCUAGAUCUUGUAAUAAGUGCAUCUGUUGUCACUUAAAGUACCAGCAUGAUGAGCAAGGAUUUAAUUGACGAUUUGACUGAUGUCAGGCCAGAACUGGUCUUGGGGCACUGUUUCAAACACCACCGGCUGAGAAAUAUGUAUCCACGUUUUUUCUUUAAGUUGAAAGCAAGUAGGUUUGGGCCACCCAAAUCCAGACGUCGCAUUAUUUUUGCUCCACCUAUGGCAGGACCGGCUUCUCCCUUUUCCCAGCCAACUCCGAUCCCGGAUUUCUGUCACUCAGCCGUCUCGCAGCCGCCCCAGGAGAGAGAAGAUAGCCUCUGGCCUCCAAAGAUCACCUCCGAUACAGAAGAAGAUCUGCAAAAGCUGGAGGCUUGGAUUACAGAAAGGAAGCAAUUCCGAUCUCAGCUGGAAAGCCUUGUGGAUGUGGAAAGAUGGCUGAUGCAAAAACCUUCCCACAGUGAUCAAGAAGAAAGAGUCUGGGAAAGAAUAAAGGCAUGCAGAGCAGACAGGAAGGCUAGAAGCAAGUUAGCUCUGAGCUGCAGCCCGGAGGGCUCGCCACCGGAGAGCAGACGGCUGUGGCACAGGGGUAGCGCUCCCCUUAUUCAUGCGCCAUACCCUCAGGCCCUUUUCACGCUGCACAACCUCCUGCACAAACACAAUCUCAAGAUGGUGGAGGUAUUCAGGAAGGCUGGUAUGGAUAGGAAGAAAAUCAUGAGAGAAGACUUCAUUAAAGUCAUCAAGGAGACCAAAGUUCCCAUAAGUGACAAGGAUUUGGAAGAUGUGAUCAUCUUCUUGACUUCUUCAAAACGGAGGAAUUUCAUAAGCAAUGAUGAUCUGAUUGAGUGUCAAGAUCGGUGGCUGGAAAUGAUGCAAGGGAAAUGCAGAGAGACCAAAACAGGUGUACAAGGUCAGUUCCCAAAAGCCACUUACAGAACUGCCACAUGUUCAACUUCUGCUGGGGGCAAAGCCAAAGCAGUGAAGCCUCUUGUUCCUACCAAGCCUGAAACACAGCUAAUACUGUUAGAAGUUCCCCCGAUCAACAUCGAGCCAGAACGCAGAUAUCUAACCUACGAUGAAAUGGAAGAGAUUGGAAAGCAAUUCAGAGACAGGAGGCGAAGGGAGAAGUGCAAAGACACCCCGAUAGAAUGGAAAGAAAAAUGUCGGCUGGUCAGAUCUGGGGAUAAAUGUGUUGAUGAGCACUGCCUGCCGUCGACUCUAGAGGGUGACGUGGGAGAACUGGUUGACCAGUAUCGCAGGAAUUGCUUCAUGACCUAUCUGAAGACUUUCAAGCUGUGCAAAGACUAUAAAAUUUGUCUCACCAAGCCAGUGCUGCAAAAAGCCCUGCUGCACCCAGGAGACAAGAUCAUAAAAGAGGGAGAAGACAUGCGGAAAAUCAGGCAGCCUGGAGGGCCCUACACAGCACCUGCCCACGCGCUGUCAGCCGCGAGAGUGUGCAGGUCAAGAACUGCAUCCAGAAAGCAGGCCAAAGAGACGCAGAACAGGCAGCUCCAAAGGAAUAAAAUGCAGAAGUUUGCCCAUGUGAGCAAGUCAAAUGACAAUAACUUCUGGCCAGGUCACCUUCUGGACAAGAUACGCCUCUACCUACCUGCCGUGGAGCCUGGCAGAGCACACGCCUUGUUUAGCUACAUUCGCUCAACCAAGCCUGUCUACCGCGGCAUCUACAACCCCGACCGCAGCUGGCUCCUCAGCGAGCAGGGAUACUUGACCUACGGAGAUACUGCGUUCAGAAAGACCCGUUUCAUCUGAGACUGCUCACACAGCAGCAUGCGCUGUGAGCGCAGCUUUGUGAGCCGUCAGUCAUCUCCGUGGUUCUGGGCUGUGCCCAUGGAGGAAAUAAAGGCAUCAAACAGUAUAUAUUGAAGCGAGGGGAGCUGGACUGGCAACAAAAGAUGCUUCUCGACUGGGAGCUGUUCUGCUCAUCCAGUAACAGGAGGCCGUUUUGUAAAGGG